CACAACAGAAAUCUCAUCAUCUGAGCACUAACUGGAGAUCAUUUCACUGCAUCUGCUCUCAAUCAUGGAAUUCUGGUUCAUCUUUCUCUCCCUCUGCAUCUGCUUUGUUCUCAAGUUGCUUCUCAAUCUCAUCCUAGAUAAGAAAUAUAACAAAAGAGAACACAAACUCAAACCCCCACUCCCCCCAGGACCCUUUACUUUUCCCAUCAUAGGAAACUUCUUUUGGCUGCGUAAAUCCUUCCUAGAUCUUGAGCCAAUUCUAAGAGAGUUACAUGCUAAAUAUGGCCCAAUUGUUACUCUCUAUAUUGGUUCCCAACGAGCUAUAUUUAUAAGAUCACAUGAUCUUGCCCACGAAGCCCUCAUCAAGAAUGGAGCUAUCUUUGCUAGUCGAUCUUCGGUCACCGGCGGAGGCCGCCAGCUGAUAACUCGAUUCAACAUCAGCUCAUCGGGAUAUGGCCCAGUCUGGCGGCUUCUCCGCCGCAACCUUACGACGGAGAUGCUCCACCCUUCUCGUUUGAAGUAUUAUGCUCAUGCCCGGAGAUGGGUAUUGCAGGUAAUAACCAACAAGCUCAAAGCUGAAUCACAAUUCGGAAGGGCUGUUCCUGUGAAGAAUCACAUCCAAUAUGCAAUGUUUUCCUUAUUAGUGUUCAUGUGCUUUGGUAAAAAAUUUGAUGAGAAGGAAGUUAGAGAGAUUGAAGCCAUCCAAAGUACCCUCUUUGGAAAUUCCAUAAGGUUCGCUCCUCUCGAUUUCUUUCCAUGGUUGACGAGGAUUUUCUUUCAAAAGCUGUGGAAUGAACUCCAAGAGAUCCUAAGUAAACAAGAAAAUCUCUUCAUCCCUCUCAUCAGAGCUCGUGAAGAAAGAAGAAAGAACGCAAAUUCAAAGCUAGAGGAAGAUUUUGUCAACUCAUAUGUUGAUACAUUGCUCGAUCUCAACCUCCCAGAGGAUGGAAGAAAGCUCAGUGAAGCUGAAAUGGUGAGUUUAUGUUCAGAGUUUCUCAUCGGAGGUACAGACACAACAUCCACAGCACUGCAAUGGAUAUUGGCUAAUUUGGUGAAGCACCAACAUAUACAAUCAAAGCUGAGUGAGGAAAUUGAGGGAGUAGUGGGACCUGGAGAGGAAAUCAAGGAAGAAGAUUUAAAGAAGAUGCCGUAUCUAAAGGCGGUGGUGCUCGAGGGCCUACGGCGGCAUCCGCCGGCACAUUUCUUAGUACCACAUGCAGUCACAGAAGAUACAACAUUCAAUGGUUAUCUGAUACCGAAGAAUGCUACUACUGUGAAUUUCACAGUAGCAGAGAUCAGUCGGGACCCACAGGCUUGGGAGGAUCCAAUGGAGUUCAGGCCAGAGAGGUUUUUGAGUAGUAUUGUCGGAGGGGAAGAGGUGAUUGAUAUAACAGGGAAGAAGGAGAUUAAAAUGAUGCCAUUUGGUGCAGGGAGAAGGAUCUGCCCUGGUCUUGAUUUGGCAAUGCUUCAUUUAGAGUAUUUUGUGGCCAAUUUGGUCAGGGACUUUGAAUGGAAGGCUAGAGAUGGAGAAGAUGUUGAUUUAUCAGAGGAGAUACAGUUCACGGUUGUGAUGAAGAAUCCAUUGCAUGCCCUUAUCUAUUCAAGGAUAAAGUAGGGUGGGUUCCUUUCUUUUUUGUUAACCAAGGUGUCAAGAUCAGUUUACGCACACCUUGAUUAAUCGUUGGGAAGACUAGCACAGCAACCUACCACCACGGUCUUCACUUAACCAUUUGAGCAAACCACAGGAUGGGUGGUAGAGUGGGUUCCCUUUGUCUUUUCUAAUAUUACCUAAUUAGAUUUAUAGUAUUAUGUCAUUUGCUAUGGAACUGGUGGUAAUUAUAAGAAUGGGUAUGUUAUUAUUUACUCUUUUUUCUUUUUUAAUAAAAAUCUGCCUUUUUGUAA